AUGGAUGUAGCCAUCGGGCUGCUGGGGCUGCUGACGGUUCUGCUGGAGGGCAGCUCCGGCCAAGGGGUGUACGCCCCCCCCACGGUGCGGAUCGUGCACUCGGGCCUGGCCUGCAACAUCGAGGAGGAGCGCUACUCCGAGAGGGUCUACACCAUCCGCGAGGGAGAGACCCUGGAGCUCACCUGCCUGGUCACCGGCCACCCCCGGCCACAGAUCAGGUGGACCAAAACAGCAGGAAGUGCCUCUGACAGAUUCCAAGAUUCCAGUGUCUUCAACGAAACCCUGAGGAUUUCCAACAUCCAGAGACACCAGGGAGGACGCUACUACUGCAAGGCUGAGAACGGCCUGGGCUCCCCGGCCAUCAAAUCCAUCCGAGUGGACGUGUACUAUUUGGAUGAUCCCAUAGUCACGGUCCACCAGAGCAUCGGCGAAGCCAAGGAGCAGUUUUAUUAUGAGAAGACCGUGUUCCUCAGGUGCGUGGCCAACUCCAACCCGCCCGUGCGCUACAGCUGGCGCCGCGGCCAGGAGGUGCUGCUGCAGGGCUCCGACAAGGGAGUGGAGAUCUACGAGCCCUUCUUUACCCAGGGAGAAACAAAGAUCCUGAAGCUGAAGAACCUGCGACCUCAGGACUACGCCAACUACAGCUGCAUUGCCUCGGUGCGGAAUGUCUGCAGCAUCCCGGAUAAAAUGGUGUCCUUCCGCCUCUCCAACAAAACAGCAUCCCCUUCCAUCAAGCUCCUGGUGGACGACCCCAUCGUGGUGAACCCUGGAGAAGCCAUCACCUUGGUGUGUGUGACCACCGGCGGGGAGCCGGCGCCCAGCCUGACCUGGGUGAGGUCUGCGGGGGUCCUGCCCGACAAGACCGUCCUGAACGGGGGCACUCUGACCAUUCCCGCCGUCACCUCCGAGGAUUCCGGCACCUACAGCUGCAUCGCCAACAACAACGUCGGCAACCCCGCCAAGAAGUCCACCAACAUCAUCGUCAGAGCCUUAAAAAAAGGACGCUUUUGGAUCACCCCCGACCCGUACCACAAGGACGACAACAUCCAGAUCGGGCGGGAGGUGAAGAUCUCGUGCCAGGUGGAAGCCAUCCCCUCGGAGGAGCUGGCCUUCAGCUGGUUCAAGAACGGGCGGCCGCUGCGCAGCUCGGAGAGGAUGGUGAUCACCCAGACCGACCCCGACGUGUCCCCCGGCACCACCAACCUGGACAUCAUCGACCUCAAGUUCACGGAUUUCGGGACCUACACCUGCGUGGCGUCCCUCAAGGGAGGCGGCAUCUCGGACAUCAGCAUCGAUGUCAACAUCUCCAGCAGCACGGUGCCCCCCAACCUGACGGUCCCUCAGGAGAAAUCCCCGCUGGUGACGCGGGAAGGGGACACCAUCGAGCUGCAGUGCCAGGUGACCGGGAAACCCAAACCCAUCAUCCUGUGGUCCCGGGCCGACAAGGAGGUGGCCAUGCCCGACGGCGCCCUGCAGACCGAGAGCUACGACGGGAUCCUGCGGAUCGUCAACGUUUCCCGGGAAAUGACCGGGACCUACCGGUGCCAGACCAGCCAAUACAACGGAUUUAACGUCAAGCCCAGAGAGGCGCUGGUGCAGCUCAUCGUGCAGUACCCCCCGGCGGUGGAGCCGGCGUUCCUGGAAGGAAUCCCAAAACCUCUGACCUUUGAUCCCUCUGGGUUCCAGGCCGGGCAGCAGCGCUGGUGGGAGCAGGAGAUCACGGUGAACGGGAAUAUCCAGAAGGGGGAAUUGAUCACCUACAACCUGACGGAGCUCAUCAAGCCCGAGGCCUACGAGGUGCGCCUGACGCCCAUCACGCGGUUCGGCGAGGGCGACUCCACCAUCCGCGUCAUCAAAUACAGCGCUCCGGUGAAUCCACAUCUCCGAGAGUUCCACUGUGGCUUUGAGGAUGGGAACAUUUGCCUGUUCACUCAAGACGACACCGACAACUUCGACUGGACAAAACAAAGCACUGCCACCAGGGACACGAAAUACACCCCCAACACGGGGCCCAACGCCGACCGCACCGGCUCCAAGGAGGGUUUUUACAUGUACAUCGAGACGUCCCGGCCCAGGCUGGAGGGGGAGAAGGCCAGACUCGUCAGUCCCGUUUUCAGCGUCGCUCCCAAAAAUCCCUACGGAGCCGCCAACACGGCCUAUUGCUUCAGCUUCUACUAUCACAUGUAUGGACAGCACAUAGGAAGUUUGAACGUUUACCUGCGGCUCAAGGGUCAGACCGCCAUAGAAAACCCCUUGUGGUCUUCGAGUGGGAAUAAGGGACAGCACUGGAACCAAGCCCGGGUGAACAUCAACCCCCCCACCUCAUUCCAGCUCAUCUUUGAAGGGAUCCGUGGCCCUGGAAUCGAAGGGGACAUUGCUAUUGACGACGUGUCCAUUGUGGAAGGAGAGUGUAUGAAAUCAGACCAACCGGCCAACAAUCUACGAUCAGGUGCUGUUGGGCCAUUAGCACAUAUACGACUUCUCCCACUCCUCAUCCUCAUGUCUGUCUUGAGUCAUCAGAGGUGACCUCAUCCCGGCAGAGGCUGCAAAAGGUUCACCAGGCGCUGGCAUGAAGAAAGAGUCUUUGUAAAAUGGACAUUUCCAAACAAACUACCAAAGAUUCCUCCACUGACUGACUCGAAAGUUAAAUAAACGCGUAAAUAAAUAAUUAAAAAAAUAAAAAUAAAAUAAAAUAAAAUAAAAUAAACAGAUUAAGAAAGCACUGGGGGCUUGAAAAGGCAUCACGGGAGUGGAACUCACUAAGAACCAAGCUUGAGACCGAGAUCUGGCCUAAGUAAGGAAGAGACUUUCAGGUGCUUUUGUGGUCACUGAUGAAUUCAGCGUCAUCUGGUUGGACUCUCGGCAAAGAGCUCUAGAAACCCUCGUCAAAGCACAAAGUCAUGGCUGGUUUUGUUUCAAAUGAAUCGUUUGCUUGUUACCAUGGAAACCGAAUGGCCUGCCCGAAAAAAAAAAAAAAAAAAAGAGGAAUUAGAAAAAGAGAGAGAUAGAUAGUAAAAAAAAACAGAGAGAGAGAGAGAGAGAAACACCUCACUGUAAACAGGGUACGUGAAGAGCUGGCGUUCAUUUUCCCUUCCCGAAGGUUUUUUAGCGUAGAGUUAAACAAGUGUCGGCCCUUUCUACUUCGGCUGUCACCUCCCUCGGAGGACAACCCGGAAUCGGAGCUGUUUGCAGACGUUCCCGUUCCACUCCUCACGGCUCUGCUCGGUGACUGUGUGCUGUCUCCUUUUGCAUGCAUCCCCAUCCAGGAUGUGCCACCCGGGCUCACAUUUGUCACAGGCUUCACUGGGAGUUUGCUCGCGGCCGCCGGAAGAUCCCUCUCCCCUCCCCACCGGAGUCAUCAGCUCUACGGAAAGUGAAGAAACCAAACCACCGUCUUUUAUAAAUUGCCAUGGAAACCAAGUGCCUUCAAUGAAACAAGCCUGAUUUAAAAAAAAAAAAAAACCACAAACACAAAAAACAAAAACAAAAAAAAGAGAACUCUAUAUAUAUAUAUAAAUAUAUAUUAAAAAAUUUAAAAAAUUAUAAUAAAUGUAAUAACGAUGAUUUCGACGCGGAAGCUUUGCACCGCUGAAAACGUGGGUUGUGCAAACUCUUUUCUAAACUAACUCUGGAGCCUGGGCGUGCAGGCAAGGAGACGGAGCCGCUUCUGGAGAAGGACGGAUGGACCCAAGCUGCUGCGGAAAGCCUUUGGGACAAGAUCCGCGUCGCGUGACCUUCCAGACAGCCAUGGCCUUUCAGCUUCUUAUCCAUUCGGAACAGCUCCCGGCAGUGCGGCCGAUGGGAGCAGCACUCCUGUGUUGUCGUCGUCGUCGUCGUUUCGGGUUCUCCAGUGGGUCAACCAGAGGAACAAAGGUGGUUCAGACGCACUCUUGGUGCAGGAGGUGGUGAAACUCGGGAUGAUUUUCUUACUCUCCCCCUCCGUUGGGAUGGCUCCCGACAUCCGGAGCUCCGGACACCCCGAGGGGGCUCUGCCUCUGCCCCGGAGCCAGACUCGGCGCAGAGGGCGAAAGAUUAUUUUGUUACUGUAGCGAAAUUCAAAAAAACAAACA